AUGAGGGCUUUUCAGAAAUCAUUUACCCUAAUCGGAUGGGUAGCUGCGUUCGCUACUUGUGAGAGUGGCUUGUCUAAGAGAUAUGAACAAGCAGAUGUCAUUCAGUCCAUCGUCCAACGCGCUACCGCCGACUCGAUCGACCUUGGGGCUGUUCCGGGCCUGGUUCUAUCUUCUAUACUAGAAAGUAUAGCCUCUACGUACGCCGAUACCACCACGACAAAGCUCUCAGCGCGGGCUAUUGCGAAUCUCACUGGACUCAUCGACGUUCAUGCACAUUGCGUACCAGAUUGGUAUCGUGCAAUCGUCCCUACAACCGGUGGAAAUCCAACACCAUCAUGGAACGUAUCUGGACACCUUGAUUUCAUGGCCAGCCAAAGCAUUUCUCAAGCCGUCCUCGCUUUCUCAGCGCCUGGCGCCAACGUAUACCCAGGAAACCAGGCCGCCACAAUUGCCCUUGCGCGACUGAUCAACGAACAAUCUGCAGCAUUUGCUAGGGCUUAUCCAGAUAAAUUCACAUUCUACGCUGUCGUCCCACUACCCUACACUCCCAAUGCCAUCGCCGAAGCUACAUACGCCCUCGACACACUUGGAGCCGCUGGCAUCGCGCUCUAUUCGAACUUCGAAGGGCGCUAUCUCGGUGAUUCAGCUUUCAAGCCCUUCUUCGAGGCAAUUAAUGCGCGUGGGAGCAACCAAAUCAUAUACGUGCACCCCACAACACCGUAUCUACGCAUCAACGGCACGCUUAUUGAGGCCAAUCCGACUGUAUAUCCUACCGGGAACAUUGAAUUCUACUUCGAGACAGCGCGUAUGCUUGGAGAUCUUGCCGUUACACAGACUUUGCUGAACUUCACCAAUAUCAACUACAUUAUUCCGCACGUUGGAGGCGCAUUUCCGUCGGUCGCUGAUCGGCUUCUGAAGUCUUUCCCGGCGAUUUACGAUCGGACUAUCGAUGUCCUGAAGACGCGGUUUUUCUGGGAUUCAGCGGGUCCGACGUACUUUCACCAGGUUGGGGGAUUGUUGGCAUAUGAUAUUCCGACGACGAAUCUCUUCUUCGGGACGGAUUUCCCGUAUGCGCCGAUUUUCACGUAUGGUCCGUCACUGGUUGGUAUUCAGACGUCGCCAUUUGUGACCGAUACUGAGAGGACUGGUAUCUUUGCUCAGAAUGCGCGAAGACUGUUUGGUAACCGGAUUCCCUUGUAA